UAAUCAGUUAGAUUUCUUCAAACAAUUUAGCUUAUUUUUGAUUCAUAUAUUUAUUUCUUGCCAAGAUGGGAGAGAAAUCAUCAUUAAAUAGUUUAAUUAUACUACCAGAUAUAGAACCUGGUGUGAUAGAUAAUGCCAUGCUAACUCGUUGCAUUUUGGAAUAUGGACCCACUGAAGAAGCAGGAAGAUUGUUCGCAGAAGAGGGUGUUCAUUUAGAUGAAGCACCCGUAGUACGGCUUGAAUUUCAAAAUAUUUUAAGAAUUGAUCAUCUAUGGAUGCUUAAGUCAUUGAGAAAGUUAACCCUAGCACAUAAUCUAAUAGAAAAAAUUGAACAUUUGGAUCUUUUAACUGGUCUCAAUGAAUUGGAUUUAUCAUUUAAUAAAAUUGAGAAAAUAGAAAAUUUAGAUAGUCUCGUUAAUUUAGAAGUUUUGACAUUAUUCCACAAUAGAAUAAGAAAACUGGAGAAUAUGGAAACUCUCCAAGAAUUAUUGGUGUUUAGUAUUGGUGACAAUCUCAUAGAAGAUUAUAAGGAGAUGGCAUACGUGAGGCGUUUUCGAAAACUAAGGUCUGUGAGUUUUAAGGGCAAUCCGUGUUGUGAUGACCCUAUGACUUAUCAGUUCUUAAAAUCUGCUCUCACUAGAGUGACAUAUUUAGAUUAUAAAUUAGUAACCGAAGAAGAAAGAGAAGCUGGAGUUGCUGUUUUCCGAGGCCUUCUAAGAAAAUUAGAUGAAGCAGACGAAAAAGCUGAAAAAGAAAGAAUAGCUAAGGAGGAAUACGAUGCUAGAGUUAAAUUUUAUGCCCUCUCUUUUGUGGAAUAUUUAAGUGGGCCUGAGCUUUUAGAGUCAAUGUUCGAAAAAGAUCCAGAUGGAAGUUUAUUGUUGAAAGUUGGCGGAGAGCUUAUAGGAUUUUUUGAUCAGUACAAGGAACAAUACGUCGAAACCAUGGCUGGCUUAGUCGAGUUUGCUCAAGAAGCUUACAAUGCAAGACAACAUGAAAUUAAACUAUUCAAAGAUCUCGUCGACAAUGCUCUAGAAGAGAGUGUACAGAAAAGCAAAGAAGUGGUUUUUGAAUUUGAAGAAAAAAAGAAACCUUUAGUGGAACAAAUGAAUCAGAUUAUAGGAAAAUAUACGGCCAAACAGGCUACACUAGAGCAACUGGAACCCAACAUUAUAGAUGCGGGUGAAGCGUUUAACGAUCUCAUUUAUGACCUGUGGAAAAAGCUGAUGACCCUAGAGAUGCAACUCUAUGAACAAUGCGAGGAAUCCCGGGUUCAAUUCGCGGUGAACAUGACGGAGAUGAUAACAAAACUGCUCGAAAUUUCGAGAAACGCGUUCGGAGCGUGGCGAGAACACGAGGGCAUGUGGUCCAUGCGUCAGUUCGAGACGCUGUCCAAGCUGUUAGGAAAUAAAGUUAUGCUCGGAGACGCACCACCGGAGCUGUUUGAGAUCAUGAUGGAUAGAGAUCAAAUGAUGAAUCUUGUUGCUCAAUCGUCGGACAAUCACAUGAGGUUUAUCGAUGCAAGGGAGGAUCUUCUCAUGACUCGUGCCAAUGCCUGGCGAGAUGAACUCGUACAAGGCACUAACGACAAUGAAAUAAAGAGAAAUAGGGAUAGAAUUUUGGAAAUUUAUUAUUUCAUUGACAAUCAGCGAGAGGAAUGGACGGAUAUGCAAAUGAGCAUGACAGUAACUGCAGUAGAUCCAGAAACAGCGGCCCUGUUGGGAGAUGAUUUUUAAAAGUAUAAAAAGGUUUUAUAUAAAUUUAAAUUAUUAAAUUUUAGAAAAGUAACAAAAAUUUGUUUGCCAAGGCCAACAUAACAUAAAAACAAUAAGAAAUCUUGUAAAAAUCAAUUCAACAACUCAUUAAUAAGUAUGUAUCUUUUGCUUUCAUCAAAUUCUGUUCUUAUUUUAAAUGACCUAAUUUUAAUAACUAAACUAGUAUACCAGAUGGACCAAAAGAAGUCAUCCUAUGAUGUCUAGCUCUCUUUUUUUUCUAAAUGAAAAACUUUGAUCCUAUUGUUUGAUUAUGUUUGUUUGAACCUUUAGAAUUCUAUUUGGUAAGUCGACACGAUUAUCGCCCAAAUGGGCGCCGCCUCCAUUGAUUGCCAUACAGGCUCGUUUUAUGGCGUUUUUUAUCACUUCGGCGAGAA